AAAUCGAGCAAUAUAAUGCUGGAUUCAAGCUUUAAUGUCAAGCUUGGUGAUUUUGGCUUAGCUCGACUGAUUGACCAUGAUCUCGGUCCCCAGACAACCAGCAGGUUUGCAGGAACGUAUGGUUACGUAGCACCAGAGUAUAGAAGAACACAUAAAGCCAGUAAAUAGUCGGAUAUAUACAGCUUUGGGGUGGUUGCCUUAGAAAUUGCUACCGGAAGAAAGUCAGUUGAUGUGAUGGACGAGAACUCUCAAAUUGGGUUGGUAGAGUGGGUUUGGGAUCUCUACGGAGGAGGGCAGCUUCUUUCAGCUGUAGAUGAGAGACUAAGAAUGGAUUUUGACGCAAAACAAGUAGAGUGUUUGAUGAUUGUGGGGCUGUGGUGUGCUCACCCGGAUCAUAGUUUGAGGCCAUCAAUAAGGCAAGCAAUACAAGUACUGAAUUUUGAUGCAGCAGUGCCGAAUCUUCCAUCAGAUAUGCCUGUUCCUAUGGAUCGUGUACAAGCUGGUGCCCCACAAACAUUAAUGUUGGUCGUUAAGCAAGUGUGGCGUGCAUAUGUUUGUGAAUGUAAAUUUACAGUCUUCUUGUAG